GUUAUUACCAAUGACAGAUCAUAGGUCGGUUUGGUAUCGGUUUCAUCAGUGUGACUGUGCAAUAGUCAGGAUGAAUACGUUAUGAAGUCUAACACGCAACCUGAAGUUCUAUGAUGGGCACCGAAUGAAGAUGAGCAAGAGAUAGCUACGUUUCGCAAAGAAAGGUGCGGAACCAAACGACUUGGUGGUUAGAUAGGCGAUCCUCAACCUUGAUUUUCGUCCCGAGUCUUCUUCAUCCUUGUCUCUUUGACUUGAUGCCGUGUGUUUUACGUCAGUUUGAGCAGCAUGAAGCACGAUACGACGUUAGGUCUACUGUGCCAUCUUGGAAUCAUCUUUGCGACAUUUCGAGUUUCCCUGGGGCAGAGUUGCACUUUCCAGUCGGGUCUGUGUGACUGGAUCAGCGUCGGGUCGGGGCCCCGGUGGAGGAGCUCCCUUGACCCCAAUACAUCCUCCUCGGCUGAAGAACUCACAUCCUACGCCUACGUCACAAUAAGCCAAAACACGGACAACGACACAGCUGCAAUACUCCAAAGCCCAGAAGUGAAUGCUGCCACCACCGACACAAUUGAGAUUGGAUUUCAAUACCAGCUCUCAGAUCACAGCCAAGGUGAUCUUCCAAAUACCUUAUCUGUGCGAUGGUCAAUAAAUGAAGAGGAUUUCAACGACGUAUGGCAUACAAAUGGACCUACGAACUCAUGGGUGACAACAUCAUUGGUGCUUGCACAGGGAGGCGUUUCAAGAUUUGCGGUGCAGUUUCUGGCUAAAAGUACGGUUCCGUCGCAGGAUGCCUUUGUUAUGAUUCGAAACGUCGAAAUAACAAUUAUACAUGACAGCUGUGCAAGCUCACCUUGCAAUAAUGGAGGGUUAUGUUUCGGCAAUGGCCCAACAUUUACCUGCAUCUGUACCGGAGGAUACCGUGGAGAAGUAUGUCAGAUUCUACCAGGCGACACUCUUUCGAGAUUCUUUCGAGGACGCAAUUCUUAUCGCAGUACUACCACAGCUCAUCAUAGAAAUAUCGACCACAUCACUUCUACGCCAACCAUCAAAGGCACUCCACAGUUUAUCGAUACCGCAACUGAUUUUCCGACAUCAUAUGAUUCAACAUCACUUAUAUCUGAACAAACGACAAAAUUCAAAGGUCAAGAAACAAGAGGGAUGGGAACGAUGACAAGACGGUCGGCAACGAACCCUACGCCCACUCAAUCAACAACCGAUUCUACACCUUCUCCUUGCUUUAGAAGAAGCCCUGUUCCCUCUGUGACAGCGGCUACGACAUCAGUCUCGGGAGCAACAAAUGAGAUGACGAAUGCUGGAACGUCAAAUACCAUGAACACAGGCACAGAUGUGACAUCUGGUUCGAAGUUGACGACGCAGUUGGAGACGCAGCAGUCGACAGAGCAGACACCUUCGACCUUGUCUCGUUCUACAAUAGAAUCGCUGACUUUAGUUACCUCAGGCAUUCCAGAAAGGACAACAAAUUCGCUUUCUCUGACGACUGCUACUCAUCCAAUGACGUUUCCAACGGCUUUGCCAACAACUUCGCCAACGACCAUGACGACAUAUUUUGAUGACCUACCGACUACAGCAACGGAUGUUGUCUCAGACAUAUCAUUUACCGAUGAGACAGGUGCUACCCAGGGAUUGAUUUCUGUAGAGACGGACGUUCCAUCGUCCGAAGACUAUUCGACACUAUCUGAUGUACUGACUUCGUUUAAAUCGACCGAAUCAGAUCAGACAACACAGCAAACAGAUCCAAUCUCUUCAACUACGGAAGGGACAAUAUCAGAGGUGUCAUCAAGAGCAACAACGAAGCAGUUUGUAACGCAGAGUGUUACCACAACAGAGGAGAUCGCUACAGUCACCGGGGUUGUAAGUCCAUCAACUCAUGAUAUCAUCACAAGUGCUGUCAUUGGGUUAUCAACUGAAGAAAUUACUACUAGGCCAGACACCCCUCCAGGUGCAGACCCGAUGACUUCCGAGACGAACGGCAUUGUGACCCAGCGUUCAACGACUAGACUGGGAGACGAUGGUACAAAUACAGGAUACAUGAGCACGAUGGAUACGGGUAUGGAUACAACAAAAAGCAUUACCACUGAAACAGCAGCUUCUAGUACAUCAACAGGAGAAAGUAUUACUGAUCUAGAGACGCCAGUGUAUUCGAUUAGCACAGGAAUAGUAUCAUCAGCUGUAACUGAAAAUUAUGACUUGGAUACAAGCCAAGCAUUGACCACAAGAACAGCGACGUUGUCGACAGAAUCGACCAAAUUCAAACCUUCGUCAACAGAUGAAUCAACUGAAACAUCAUAUGCGUCUACAGUAGAGAUGGUAACUGAUAGAACCCUUACGGAUAUACCUACAACAGGUAUUGGUGUCGCGUCAUCAUCAUCAUCAUCAUCAACAACAACAACAAAAACAACAAUAACAUCAAUAUCUGUUUCGUCAUUGUCGCAAACAUCGAAUUCACCGACUACCACCUUGGAGGUACCGUCAGAUGUAUCCCAAUCCACAAUAGCAGCAACGCUAAAUUCAAACUUAACACGAAGUACAGGCAAUAGCACAUCUCCAGUCACAAGUGCAAUAUCAUCUUCACAGUCGUCGUUGAAUUCGACGUCGGCGUCGGUUUCGGGAGGCGGGGGUGCGGUCAAUGUACCUCUGGCUGUAGGACUGUCAGUAACAGGUGUUGUUGGUACGGUGGCCGUGGGGGUUACAAUAUUAAUUGUUCGUCGAGCAAGGCGCGUGUCAUAUGGAUUAACAGAAUCAUAACAAUAAUAAUAUGCGCUGAAAAUCCUGCUCAUUUCGUUUCAUCAGCGACGCAUGAGACCUUUGGAAUAUAAUCACUGGAAGCAAAUUGACAUGUUUCCUCCAUAAGACGUUUUUUGCAAUUUUGUUUUAAAAAUAGUUUUUUUUUUCUUCUAGCUAGUUAGCUACCUGUGUAUAGCACCAGACCAAACACAUAAUAGCCCCUGUUUCGAGGACGUGAGGCCAGUGGUUCGAUUCGUGGUCAAGCCAUUGACAUUGUGCAUGAACGGCCUCUAAAUUAAAACUAACCUUUUUUUUCUCAAGGCGUACUGACUAGUGCUGAACGAUCUAUAUCUUGUACAUGUAUACUUUUCGAUGAAGAUGUUUUUGUGUUAUUUAUUGAUUAUAAAUAUAUAUGUAUCCUAUUUAAUCUUAAUUUCAUUUAGUUUUUAUCUGUAAUCGACAAUUAUAUGUUUUCAUUGCAGUCUAAUGUUUUUACAUUUGAUUUCUUUUGUUGAAUUAUAAUCGAAUACAUUUUUUAUUGAUUUUAUAUAAAACAUUUAUUAACAUGUGAAAUGUUUCCAGAAUUGGUGCAUAUUAAAUCAACGAUGAAAUGUCAGAUUUUAUAAACAAGUACCUGAAUGAUACAUAAUCAUUCAAUAUAAAUAUUCAAUUCAAUUUUGGUCUUAUUGUGACAAAUGAUUACAUGACAAAAGUCCAAAGACUCGUAUUAUCUUGGUUAAAAAGUAAAAACAUGUGCAUGUAUAUCAUUACACAUUACAAUAAAUAAAAUGAAUAUAAUGACAACGCUGGUCUAUCAAUCGACAUACAUAAUGAGGUCAAAUUGUGCAAUUUAUGCUUCUGGUAAUUUCUAAAUAUUGCAUGAAAAUCAUAAUGUUUGUAUUGUUAGAUUAAUAGGACUCACUUAAUAUACAAGAAAUAUUAUGUUGAUUUCGUACUGAGGUCUAUACAUUGAACUGGUUAUUACGUUGCAGUUAUAUUACUUUUACUCCGUUUACUCCGCUAACUUUCGUUCUUCUGUUGUUGAUCUGCCAACUUACUGCAAAAUAACUAUUAUGUGGAAAUGAAUAAUAUUUUGGCAGUUCGCGCUUGCAAAAUGCCUAUGUCAAAGGAAAAUAUUCAUCCAUUAUCCCAUUUCAGACUCGUGUUUGUUGCACAAUGACGUCAUAUCAGCUCUAUGCAUCUCAUUUAUUGUUCGAAUCCAUCCGAGAUAACGUCGGUAAUUUUCGUAUGAAUUUUGACCUACAGAUGCGCAAGAGGAAGUUAGCAGGUACCUUCCUCCUUUUAUCAGAUUAUCUUUCUAAUAAUACAGAUAACCCUUUUCCUGAUGGUGAUCUGGUGAUACAGAUAGGGGAGUGUAUACCGUUUUACCAAGAAACGAGAUAUGAGGGUUGAUUGGAUUGAUCUUGAACGACACGCAUUCUCUGUUAAUUGACAUGACUGAUUAUUUUAAUUGCUCUAGAUCUACGGUAUAUCCUGAUGUUAAUUCUUGUAAAUCUAGUCGGUGUUACUAUACCAAGUUAUACCUUAUACCGAGUUUUUUACCUGACUGCUAAGAAAGCACGAAUGCCUGUGAGCAAGUAACCAGGGGACCAACGGCUUAAGGUCCUCUCCGACGGACCUGGUAAUGAGGAUAAAUGCCUUAACAAAGGGCACUAGCGCACCACUUUGGGAAUAAUUCCAAGUUGUUUUUAGAGCAUUAUUUAUUACAAUCUGUGGAAAAUUAAAAUCAUUUUCUCAUUAUAGUAAAACUAAGAAGAAUUGCCGUGUGAAAUAUGCCAGGAUUCAUAUUUCAAGUGUUGAAUUCUGUCUCAUAUUAUAAAGGCCUGGACAC